UUUUGGUUAAAUCAUGACGAAUUGCCAAAUGGGUAGGCAAUUUAUGAUUUAGAUUUUGACGAAAUUUUCGGGAUUAAAGAACUGGCGUUAAAAAAUGCCGCCCAGUGCUUCAAAAUGCGAAAACAAUGAAGCAGCAUUUUUCAGAAGGUGUUCGACCUUUAACGCCGUGGCAAACUGUAUAUAAACUGCACCUUUUUUCGUCCAUUUUCUUACCAUAAAUAUUCAAUUCAAUGCUUCAUCCUCAUCUAUUGCCUAUUGCAUUCGUACCUCCCUUUGUUUUCGCUAUUGCUGUGUCUCUCGAGGAUUGUCUCAAUUGAGUUGGUGCUGAAUCCGAGGACUAAGAAGACGACCAUAGAGGGUAAAACUAACAGUUAUUUGAUCUCAAUAACAAAAAAGGAACUAGAUGCUUGAUGGCUCUUGCUUCUGUUACUCCCUCCUUUGAUUUGACUCCUCUGAAGUGAGAAUAGGUCAAGUUUAUUUUAGCUGGUGUGGAAUCAUUUCAACAUUAUCUGGAAGAAGACUUUCAGAUUUUUAGUCAAAUUUAAUACUUAAAGAUGGGGUUAUACGAGCAUCCAGAUGUUGUGCAGUGGGGUAUUAAUCUUUUUGACAGUGACCCUGCCUAUAGUCCUGGAUACUACAGUGACAUAAUUCAACAUGAUACUGGUGAUGUCUAUAAUGGACACUACUACCAUAGCCAUUAUGAUACUGAAAGUAACCAAAUACAAAAUGAUGAGAUCAUUGCACGGGCUCUUCAAGAAGAAUUUUCCCGGCUAGAUAUUGCUGAGUGUUCAGGAUAUUCACAGACAGAUGAAGAACAGUUCCAUGCUUCUGAGCCUACAUGUGAUUGGAAUAACACAUCGAUGAUGAACUACUGUUCAGGUCAUGAUUAUGCUUACAAUGGAGUUGGUGACAUAGAACCUUCUAGUUCAUCAUGUUGUAGUCCCUGUGAAGUAGAGGAAAGCUCAUUGGAGCUUACAGACAAUUAUCCACUUGAUGGUGAAAUAGGGAGGAGACUGAGCCAGAUGGUUCCAAUUCCUCAUGUUCCAAAAAUUAAUGGAGAAAUUCCCUCAAUAGAUGAAGCCACUUCAGAUCAUCAAAGGCUUCUGGAUAGAUUGCAGUUAUAUGACUUUGUGGAGCAUAUGGUACAAGGUGAUGGUAAUUGUCAGUUCCGUGCAUUGUCUGAUCAAUUGUAUAACACACCUGAUCACCACAAGUAUGUGAGACGACAAGUUGUGAACAAGCUGAAGUCUCAUCCAGAGAUUUAUGAGGGAUAUGUUCCCAUGGAAUAUGCCGAAUAUUUGGAGAAGAUGUCUAAGAGUGGUGAAUGGGGGGAUCAUGUCACCCUUCAAGCAGCUGCAGAUUCGUAUGGCGUGAGAAUAUUUGUGAUGACUUCUUUCAAGGAUACGUGUUGCAUAGAAAUACUUCCUCAUUUUGAGAAGCCAAAAGGAGUGAUUUUCCUUAGUUUUUGGGCAGAGGUGCAUUACAACUCCAUCUAUCCUCAAGGAGAUAUACCUUCAAGUGAGUCGAGAAAGAAGAAAAGGUGGUGGAACUUUGGGACUAAGCAUUAAUAGUGUGGCUGCCAUAGAACCUGAACAUGUACCCAAAAAUUUGGUGCCUCUGCAUUUUGGACUGUGUAUCAAAAUUCAUCCAAGAGUCAGCCAACAGCCAAUAAGGAUGCUUUCAACUUAGCAGGGAUAUCAAACCUUUGAGGUGCUAUAGAAUAGCCCUUAAUUUUUAUAUUCCCAUUUCUUUGCCGGUUAUUUUUGUAUGAAUAAUCUGAUUUUCCUUUUUAUUAAUUAUAAUGUGGCGAGGCAGCUACAUCCCAAUGACAUUUUAUGCAUAAAGGGUUAAAGUAUAGCAAUUUAUCUAGUUUGUUUUCAUCUUGAUUCA